AUGCCUGACAACGCUGUCUUUGAGACUGAUAAAGUCACGCAAGAGAUGGGCAGAAAUGGGAUGUCAGGGUCAAAGGUCAUCCGCAUGGAGCCCAUCAAACAGCAACAUGGAGCCACCGUCAGCUUCCACAGCAUCUGCUACAGACUAGAGCAGAAAACCAGAUCCAUCUUCAGGACGGCUACUGCUCAGAAAGAGAUUUUGAUGGAUCUCAAUGGGAUCAUGAGACCAGGUUUAAACGCUAUUUUGGGCCCAACGGGAAGUGGCAAAUCUUCGUUUCUGGAUGUUCUCGCAGGAAGGAAAGAUCCAGGUGGUCUCUCUGGGGAGGUGCUUGUCAACGGAUCCCCGCAGCCGCCGAAUUUCAAGUGUCUUUCUGGUUAUGUUGUCCAGGAUGACAUAGUGAUGGGAACCCUCACAGUGAGAGAGAACCUCAGUUUCUCAGCUGCUCUGCGCUUGUCUUCUGGAAUCAGUUCACUAGAGAAGGACAUUAGAGUGAAUGAUCUCAUCUCAGAGCUCGGCCUAAACAAAGUCGCAGACUCAAAGGUGGGCACGCAGCUGAUACGAGGCAUCUCGGGUGGGGAGCGAAAGAGGACAAGCAUUGGGAUGGAGCUGAUCAUCGAUCCAUCGGUUCUCUUUUUGGAUGAGCCCACCACUGGUCUUGAUGCAAGUACGGCCCACUCUGUGCUUCUGCUGUUGAAAAGAAUGGGCGAUCAGGGUCGCACCAUCAUCAUGUCGAUUCACCAGCCACGAUAUGCCAUCUACCGGCUCUUCGAUGGCCUCACCCUUCUGUCAAAUGGCAAACAAGUCUAUCACGGACCUGCCCAGGACGCUCUAGAUUACUUCUCCGAGAUCGGUUAUACGUGUGAUGCCCAUAACAACCCAGCUGAUUUCUUUCUGGAUGUAAUUCAAGGAAACACCACAACUGUGGAGACAACAAAGAUUCAAAAUAAUGAAGAUGUCCAGUGUGCUCGCUUUAGUCAGCAGUUUAUUGGAGAUCUGUUAGUAGAGAAGUAUAAAACCUGCAGCUACGCACUGGGCAUCAAAGCAGACCUGGACCACAUCAUCCGGGCCAACGAAAACAACAAAUACAGACUCGAGUGUCAGUCCAUCACCUACAACAGCUCUUUCCUGAAGCAGCUCCGCUGGGUGUUAUGGAGAACCUUCUGGAACCUGAUGCUGAACCCUCAGACGUCCGUAUCUCAGUUGGCUGUCACAGCACUUAUGGCUGUUAUUGUUGGUGCAAUCUUCUAUGGAGUCAAAGAUGACCAGAGUGGUGUACAGAACAGGGUUGGUGUUUUGUUUUUCAUUACAACCAAUCAGUGCUUCACCACGCUCUCCGCUGCCGAGCUUUUCAUCACAGAGCGCAAACUGUUCAUUCAUGAAUACACGAGCGGAUAUUACCGUAGGUCUGUGUACUUCCUGUCUAAAAUCCUAUCUGACAUCAUUACUCAGCGCACAAUCCCUUCCAUCAUAUUCGCCUGUGUGGUUUACUUCAUGAUCGGGUUAAAACCCACGACAGAUGCUUUCUUCAUCUUCAUGUUGACAGUUAUACUUGUAGCAUGUACGGCUGCAUCCAUGGCCAUGGCUAUAUCAGCCGACCAAUCGGUGGUGGCCGUUGCCAACAUCUUCAUGACGAUCAGCUUCAUCUUUAUGAUGCUUUUCUCUGGUCACCUGGUUAACCUGAACAGUAUCAUGGACUGGCUGGCCUGGAUAAAGUAUUUCAGCAUCCCUCGCUAUGGGCUUGAGGCUUUUCAAAUUAAUGAGUUUGUGGGGCUAAAGUUUUGUGGAGAUGUCUCCGUUAGUGUAAUCUUAGAUGACAUCUUGUUUUACAGGUGCACAGGAGAGCAGCAUCUUAUAUUUCAAGGGAUCGAUUACUCGACCUGGGGUCUAUGGCAGAAUCACAUUGCUCUUACAGUCAUGACCCUGAUUUUUCUUUGCAUUGCAUAUGUCAAGCUCCGAUUCAUUAGGACUUUCUCGUGA